AUGGCUGCCGCGGACGUGCUGCCUCCGGAGCCGGAGGACCGAGUUCUUGGCGCCUCCACGGCAGACCAGGUGCUUGAGCGCUGGCACGGCUUCCUUGCAGAGAGCUCCCAGCUCUUAAAAGCGCAGCUGGACCCGCCGGCGCUGCAGCGGCGCCUGCCGGCGCGGCGCCAGCUUUUGAACCCCGAGGCUGAGGCCGGCAGUGUGGAGAGCGCAUCGUCGCGGCUGCACUUGGCAUCUACGCCUUUGGGUCGAGUUGUAUACUCCCUUGCUGCAUCCGUCCAGGAGGCGCGGCGCUGCAUCCGGGCCGCGCCGGAGCUCUACCGGGCUGUGGCCGUUUUCGGUGAGGCACGCGGCGUGUCGCCGGAUGAAGACUCAUUGCAGACACCGCCGGAGCUGCUGGUGGAGUUCGCUCAGCUCCUGCCGCAGCUGAGGGCGAUGCGGCAGCUCCUGCGGCGGGUGGAGGCGGUGGCUGUGAACUUGCUGAGGCAGCUGGCAGGGCAGCAGGCCAUGCAGGCGAGCCAGGGCUUGCAGGGCCUCACCCGUCAGCCGCUGCGGCCGGUGCUGGACGUGCUCUCGGAGCUGCUGCUGUUGCCGGUGCAUUUGGAUGGCCUGGCCCUGGAGAACGGCCGGCUCCGGCGCACAUUUGCGUCCUACAGCUGGAUCGUCACGCAGGCCUCCACGCCUGGCUCAGCGCUGCCGGAAGUGCCACAGGCGGCGGCGUUAAAGCAGGAGCUGCAAGAGGCAGCUGCUCUGGUGCAAGGCGACGCUUUCCAGAUCUGCCUUGCCAACAUCUGCCAGGGUGCGGCGCAAGAGAAGCUGGAGGGAAUCCGGGAGCACUUCCUGGCAUACUUCCGCGGGCGCUUGGAGGAGGAGCCCUGCGGCCCAGUGGCCGCCUCUCAGCUUUGGCUGCCCCGGGAAGCCUUGGUGCCAUGGGUAUGCUGCUUCGUGCUCCACGUCCGCCUCUUCACCCGCGGUCGUGACGAGGUCAAGCUGCUGGGGGAGGCCUGGAAGAUGCACAAGAAAUCCCCGUCGGUGGUGCUCUACGGCCGUGUGGUCUGGUGUUUGGGGGACUUUGUUCAGUCCUAUCUGCCGGAGCUGGUGGCAGAGGCAAAUUUGAAGAAGGAGCUGGAGGACCUGAGCAACCUCCGGCUGAAGCAGGCGGAGCGCCUGGACGACGGCAGCUUCAUCCAGGAGCUGAAAGAAGCGCCCGGCUGCGGCGGGGAGGAUAUGGCUUCGAUAUGA